UGUAAGGUUACACUGUGGUUGGAAAGUGAUCCCUCCUACUCCCGUGUACUGCCCGUGUACGAGCGAGGGAGCGAUCGCGGCAGGAAGGAAAGCGGAGCAUUGAAUGCUAACAAGGGGAGUUAAUGUUCAAGCAUUGGUAAAAGGUGGGGGGUUUUUUAACAUCAAGCAAUGGAGACGUACAAUUAACCUGGUAUGUGCCAGAUCACAAUUUACGCUGAUCGUCAUCAUCAUCGGCACAACCAUCUUCAUCUUUCCCGUUGAAUGAAAUGUAUCGAGCCUGCAUGGGAUCCGGAUACUGACAAUGGAGAUUGAAAAUAUUGUGGCCAACACUGUGCUGUUGAAAGCCAGAGAAGGUGGAGGUGGGAAGAGGAAUGGGCGGAGUAAGAAAUGGAAGGAGAUGCUGAAGCUGCCGCACAUCAGCGUGUGUGAAGACCUGAGGAGGACAAUCGAAAGGGAUUACUCCAGCCUGUGUCAGAAGCAGCCCAUUGGUCGGCUCCUGUUCCGGCAGUUCUGUGACACUCGGCCGGAGCUGAGGCGCUGUAUCGAGUUCCUGGACUCUGUGGCCCUGUACGAGCUGGCGCCGGACGAGAAGAGGAGGGACUGCGGCCUCAGCCUUUUAGACACGUACUUUAACAACGGGUCGACGGCCCAUUUACCAGAAAUACCUCGGGAAGUGGUGGAGGAGUGCCGGGAGCGGCUGGAGCAGAGUCCCUGCAAGGAGCUCUUCAAGGAGUGCACCAGAAUCGUUGGCGAGUAUCUCAGCGGAGCGCCCUUCUCCAGCUACCAGGAAACCAUGUUCUUCUCUCGCUUCCUGCAGUGGAAGUGGCUAGAAAGGCAACCCGUAACCAAAAAUACCUUCAGACAUUACAGAGUACUAGGAAAAGGUGGAUUUGGAGAGGUCUGUGCCUGCCAAGUCCGAGCCACGGGUAAGAUGUACGCCUGUAAAAAGCUGGAAAAGAAAAGAGUGAAGAAGAGAAAAGGUGAAGCAAUGGCAUUAAACGAAAAGCGCAUUUUAGAGAAAGUUAACAGUAGAUUUGUAGUUAAUCUAGCCUAUGCCUAUGAAACCAAGGACGCCCUGUGUCUGGUGCUGACGAUAAUGAACGGCGGGGAUCUGAAGUUCCACAUUUACAACAUGGGGAACUCGGGGUUCGAGGAGCAGCGCGCCAUCUUCUACGCGGCCGAGAUCUGCUGCGGGCUGGAGGACCUGCACCGGGAGAGGAUCGUCUACAGGGACCUGAAACCCGAAAACAUUCUUUUAGACGACCGUGGGCACAUCCGAAUCUCGGACCUGGGGCUGGCGGUGCAGAUUCCUGACGGGGAGACGAUACGAGGGAGGGUGGGCACGGUGGGCUACAUGGCUCCAGAGGUGAUCCAGAACGAGAGCUACUCCUUCAGCCCGGACUGGUGGGGGCUGGGCUGCCUGAUCUUCGAGAUGAUCCAGGGCCAGUCCCCCUUCCGCCGGCGCAAGGAGCGCGUGAAGCGGGAGGAGGUGGACCGCCGCGUGCGCGAGGACCCCGAGGAGUACUCCGACAAGUUUUCGGAGGAGGCGCGGGACAUCUGCAGGCUGCUGCUGGUGAAGGACCCCAAGGGCCGGCUGGGGUGUCAGGGCCCGGGAGCCGUCCAGGUGAAGCAGCACCCCAUCUUCCGGAACAUCAACUUCAAGAGGCUAGAGGCCAGCAUUCUGGACCCGCCCUUCAUCCCGGACCCACGGGCCGUUUACUGCAAAGACGUCCUGGACAUCGAACAGUUCUCAACCGUCAAAGGAGUAAACCUGGACACCACAGACGACGAUUUCUACCACAAGUUUGUUACGGGAAGUGUCUCCAUCCCCUGGCAAAACGAGAUGAUCGAGAUGGACUGCUUCAAAGAGAUCAACGUGUUCGAGUUGGAUGGCGCCCUCUGUCCGGACCUGGAUGUAAAUAGACCCAACCCCCCGCCAAAGAGAGGAUUCUUCUACCGGCUCUUCAGGAGAGAGGUGUGUUUUAAGAGUGGCUACAGCGACGAGGACGAAGAGCCCAACCGACUCUAAAAACCACUCCCGUCAGCCAAAAAGAGAGGGCGCCAUCUUAACAAACAUGAAUGUUUUAACUGUAUUUAUGAAUUGUAUUAAAAGUGUAUUAUAAUUAAAGAAAAAGUAUGAGUUUAAAGAUUUUGUACAUUUGUACUUGAAUUAUGUCUAGAUGUAUAUUUUCACUAAAGGUUGUAUUGUAAAAAAAAGCCAUAAAAGUACCACUUGAAUGCAUACGUAACAUAUUCCCCCUUUGGAAUGAGUAUGAAAAUAUGUAUUUAAGGAGUUUUUUUUUUGUUUUUUUUUUAAAGAAGCACAGUAUAGUAUCUUUAGUCUCUCUUAUGUUGCAUAGGGCUUCAUUUUUUUAUGUUUAUUCUGUUUUAAGGUUUUUUGUUUUUUUUUGCCUACGUAUAGUAUUAGCACAUUGUGUUGCUGUGCACAGCUGCAAGAUCUUUAAGCCAAUCGGUCCGCCAACCUGACGUGUUAAAGGUACGGUCAACAGCGUUUCUCCAGGAGUCACUCGCGGUCACAUGAUCACCUCCCGCCACGCUAGGUCUGUGAUUACAGAGAGGAGGCUUCACAGAUUCCUCCACCGCGGACAGCGAUCUGAUCCUUACUUCGCAGUCGCCCAGGCUGUGAAGCGUUCAGAAAUCCGCUGUGUCGUUUAUUUUUUUGAGAAAGAGGACCAUCGUACUCAUCUUGUGAAUAUUCAGCCCCACCCCUCCUCCCUUUCCCAAGGAAACCUUGUUAUUGGAGACAUAUAAAAAUGCAGUUAGGAAAUAAUUAAUGGAUUAGUUUUGACACGUGAAAUGCAGGCCACACCAAUUAUUUGGGGGAAGCGGUAACAUAACAAAUUUAGAUUUUUUUAAAAGUUCACCUUCGAAAUACGCCCGUACAGUCUAAAGCGGAGAUGUUUUAGGGAUGUCGUGGUUGUUGAUCUGGUGUGUCCAAGCCUUAAGCUGAUGACAUCAUAACUGAAAAGUAUGUCAUCACGCAUUUCUGACAUCAUAUCUUACUGCACGUUUGAAGCCUACUACAAAACAAUAAGGCUGGCCCUUUAAAAGAUUCUUUCCUGCAGUUAUUUCAAAAUAAGAGCAGUGCGAGUUUAAUAACUGAACAAAAUAUUUGAAGAACAUUAAAAUUACAUGUAUAUGGCAUUUAUGUGGUAUUAUUAAAUCCAUUUACUACUUUGCAGAGCCCAAAAUAUUUGCUUUUUACUUCUGUGCCAUUAGGUAUCUGAAAAGACUUGCUUUCUCACCCAGCUGGAGAGUAAUUACAUGUACGCGCACACACACUCACACCCACUCGCACGCACACACAGACAUACACACACACACAUGCUUUUGACACACGCACAUUCGGUGGACACACUAUGGAUCUUAUGCUCCUAAAUACCUCAUGUAAAAACAUGCCUUUGGAUAGUCUCUAGGUAUUUUGUGUUCGAAUUUGGAGGUGACCAAAUUAGAUUGCUUCUGUUAAUGCGAGCCGUACAGGCCCAAACAAACCAGCCUCGUUCGCCCAGUGGUGCUGGGGAGGGUGUUAAUGCAUGGAGGUGUGAAGUUCAGCAUCUUGAAACAGUCAUCUUUAAAAAAUCUACGAGGAAGCUAACUUCAGCGCAUGCCAUCCAUGCAGUCAGUCUGUCUUAAGGACAGAACACUGGGUGGAUGAUAUGCCCUUAGCCCAUCCUGACAGAUAAUGAAUAAGCUAUUCCACUACAUCAUUCCGUCUGUUUGGCUUGAGUGCAGCAGCUCUCAGAAGGUCUUCUCGCUCCUUCUUAAUUAAACAAAAUCCAGGUUAAAGAGAUGCAAUAUUGGUAAAUUGCAUUUUGCCAGGGUCUGACUGUCAUACCAGGGUAAAAUAUCUUGCAAGGAAAUGUUCAAGGUGUGACUGGGGAUGCUUUCUUGGUGUAUGCGGUUCUUGGUUUUUUUUGAGGUGGUGCACCAUUCAUGCGGAUUUUUAUUGUAAUUCCAAGGUAUAAUACUGAAUUUAUACAACCCAGUGUUCUUGACUCAACCUGGAAGUCCUUAAUAUAAACUUACAGUUGCAAGAUCUCUUUUUUUCCCUUUUUUAAUGCUGUGAAAAUAAGUGACAAUCUCUGGUUACAGGUGCACGUUUGACAUAUUUUAUUGUUGUUGUGUUUUGAUCAUACAGAGGCACAUGAGCAGAGCUGAGUUUGACAAGUACAGCAUGCACUCUACUGUCAGACAGAAGCGUUAAGUCCUUGUGUGAAACUCAAGCUAACGGUCGUACUCACUAAUAGACAACUUUUUACCCACAAAGCAAUUUAUGUCAGGCAUAUUUUACCUACUCAUUCACUUACACUUAUUUUACAUUUGGAAGAAACUGCAUUUAAAAUGCUCUGUAAAUAUUCAAAUACGAAUGGUCCAAGGAGAUUUGACUAAUACGCUGAAGAGACUUGGUUGUAGAGGCCAUUUUGUAGAAUGUGAGUACUGUGAGUAGAUUGACAGUUUUUGAUCUGUGCCCACCUGACCAGCCCUAUGCUGAGCUGUCCAUUUUAUUAAUCCCCACGUAGACUUGGACUUGUUCAGCUGCUUUUGGAAUGCAUGGAUAAUUAAAUAGUUUUUUUCCUUGCAGUUUUUUUUUUUGUUUUGUUUUGUCUUCAAGAGUUGUCACAACAGUCGCUGCGAAUGAUGCGAAGCAAAGCAUCAAAAUGUAAACCGAUGGUUUAUUUAUUUUUGAAAGUGAAGUUUCAUACAGACUCAUGAGCCUUUUUUCCAGUGUGCCAGUCAAACACACAAAUUUUUUCUUCUUCCAUUUGUUUUUUUUUUUUCUUAAAUGAAAUGAAAUGAAAAAAAGAUUGUUUAGAAGGGCACAUUCACUCAGAAUCCCUCCUUUUUUUUUGCUGGUAAAGAAAGACAGUGAACAGUUUGAAUGUUUGCACAAAGUGCAUUUAAAAUUGUUUUUUUAAAAUAUGUUUUACGGAUCAAGCAUGCAUUGGUAGUAUCCUUCAGCUAUUUUAUUUCAUUUUUUUUGUGUACAUUAUUAUUCCAUGCCAACAUAUCAGAAUUAUCAGAUGCUGCCUUUAUUAAUGCAAGGUGACCGAUUUUGUAGUUGUACAGUCAUGUCUUUCAACCACUGCAGUCGAUGUAAUUCUUGUACAUGUUCUAUCACUGGGUGUUGUACCAUAUCGUACAUUUGUAAUUAUUAAAUAAAACACUGCCGUUUGUAUAUAAACAAA